ACGGGGCGCUUAAGUAAGCAUCUUCGCUUGGCUGCCGUCCUCUUCUGAUACAACUCCUCGGCGAACUGCUAUCGUCCCUCGUCAGACGAGCGAGGAUGACAUCACCUGCUCCUCCUUCGUCAUGCGUCUUCUGCCAGAUCGUGCACUCGGUCGGCGCGAGAACAUCGUCGUUGGCGCUGACGUCGCUCGAGCCUGACGUCUACGUCUUCCUCGCGACGAGAUCACACAUCGCCAUCCUCGACCACCAGCCUCUGGUCUCGUCGCUCUCCCACAUCCUGCUCAUACCCCGGACUCAUGCAGUGCGCCUCUCUGAUGUCCCUGACUACGAACUGCCUGAUCUCGGCCCAAUCUUAAAGUUACUGGGUAGAGCUAUCUGCGACUGCUUCGCCGUUGAUGACUACAACGUCGUCCAAAACAACGGCCCCGCCGCAGGACAGCUGGUUCCACAUGUCCAUUUCCAUAUCGUCGCGCGGCCGUCCACCUACUUGGCUGCUGCUGCCGCACCAGCUCCUUCCGGAAGCGUGACUGCCGCUGCUGCCGCGCCCGCCACACUUCGAGACCGGACCAGGUACUCCAGCACUAUCUUUGCUCGCGGCGAGCGCACGGAUCUCGACCCUAGCUGCGCGGAGCAGAGUUCGAAAAUCUUGAGGCAGUAUCUCGACGAGCAUUUGCCGCUUUGGCUAAGGCCGAAACUAUAGCGCGCGCGCUCCUCAUCCUGUCGCUUUUCUGUUUGCUCAUGAUUAUACGAGAUAGCUUAUCGACCUGUCGUCGUGUCCCUUUUCUUCGUCUAAUUAUAUUAUAUAUUGUGUCACUGUAUAGCGAACUGACAGCUUUACCCAUUCCUCCAUCCUUGC